CUGCAGGGAACUGUAGUGAGUGGGAAUCCCGGCAGGAGCGAUCCCAGGAGUGGGAGCCGGGGUAAAGCGGCGAUGUCCGGGAGCCGCGAUUUCCGCUACGACUGCGGUCAGGCCGGGACCUUGGCGCAGGCAAACUGCCGACCAGAAGAAAACCACGUGUAUGGAUCUGUGAACCUUUGUGCGUGUCUACUGCCCUGAGCGUUUUCAGGAGGAGGAUGAGGAGGCGUGUCUUCUCUGGAGGACAGACCAAAGGCUAAGUCUUGAAAACAUGAUUCCUGCAACUGUUCACACUGUCCUGAGUGCUCUGUAUUUAUGCUGCCACAGAAAGAACUGGUUACACUUGGAGGAGAAAAAGCACAGGAAACGCCAAGGACUGAAAUGCGCUUGCAGCUGAAGCAUCCUCAUCAUGAAUAGGUACAAAACUAUCAGACAGCUUGGUGAUGGGACCUAUGGCUCUGUUCUCCUAGGGAGAAGCAUUGAAUCUGGAGAACUAAUAGCCAUUAAAAAAAUGAAGAGAAAGUUUUAUUCCUGGGAGGAGUGCAUGAACCUUCGAGAGGUUAAGUCUUUGAAGAAAUUAAACCAUGCCAAUGUGGUAAAGCUAAAAGAAGUUAUCAGAGAAAAUGAUCAUCUGUAUUUUGUGUUUGAAUACAUGAAGGAAAAUCUUUAUCAGUUAAUGAAAGAGAGAAACAAACUGUUCCCUGAGUCUACAGUUAGGAAUAUUAUGUAUCAGAUCCUGCAAGGGCUUGCUUUUAUUCAUAAGCAUGGGUUCUUUCACAGGGACUUGAAACCUGAAAACCUGCUUUGCAUGGGACCAGAACUUGUGAAAAUUGCAGAUUUUGGCUUAGCUCGAGAAAUCCGAUCUCGACCUCCUUACACUGAUUAUGUAUCCACAAGGUGGUACAGGGCUCCGGAAGUACUUCUGAGAUCCACCUGCUAUAGCUCUCCAAUAGAUAUUUGGGCUGUUGGGUGCAUAAUGGCAGAAGUUUACACGCUGAGGCCUCUCUUCCCAGGCGCCAGUGAAAUUGAUACUAUAUUCAAAAUUUGCCAAGUCUUAGGGACGCCAAAAAAGAACGACUGGCCUGAAGGCUACCAACUUUCAGCUUCCAUGAAUUUUCGCUGGCCUCAGUGUGUACCUAACAACCUAAAAACUCUCAUACCUAAUGCUAGCAGUGAAGCAGUGCAGCUCAUGAGAGACAUGCUGCAGUGGGACCCCAAAAAGCGGCCAACAGCUAGUCAGGCACUUCGAUACUCGUACUUCCAGGUUGGGCAUGCCCUGGGCAUUCAGGAACUGGGAAAACAAAAGGAACUGCAUAAUAAAUUGUCUCUGCAUAUUAAGCCUGUCCCUCCAUCACAGCCCCCUCUGAAACCUCAUGCCCGAAUUUCAUCAAGGCCUUUUCAACAAAGCCAGUCUUCUCAGCACGUGGUGUACGCAUGUAAGACAGACAACUCUGGGGCUGAGCACAGUAACUAUGCACAGGAGGACAAGUCUAACCAGGUUCUUCUGCCUGCAAUACACAAUAAGGUUCCUCAGCAGAAAACAUCUGCUGGGUCUGAGAAUAUAAAUGGUGAACUUAAACCAAAACCUAGGCGAAGAUGGGGACAUCUUCCUAGGACAGUUAAGAGCUCUGAAGACUGGGAUGAUUUGGAAGACCUUGAUUUCAGCUCUUCCAUCAUGAGAAUGGACUUGAAAAACAAGAAGAGGCAGAAUGAUGAAACUCUUUGUAGAUUUGAAAGCAUUUUGGACCUGAAGCCUUUGGAUGCUGUAGGCUCUGGCAGCAGUGCACGAACUUCCCAUGCAACCUUUUUGCGGCAGGACACUCCUACAUUGCGAGUUUCUGCAGCAAAGCAACACUACUUAAACCAUUCUAGGUAUCGACCUGGAAUAAGCACCAGGAAUAGCAUAGUCUCCACUUCAAACAAAGAGUCUGUUCCAUCUAAUCACUGGCCCAGUUCUGAUUUGUCUGGGAAAACCUCUGGUUUGGGAGGAAGUACUACCAGCAGGAUGAAUUCAGGACCCAUAGGAUCAAGUGGUCUAACAAAUGCUUAUGUCCCUUCAUUUCUGAAGAAGGAAGUAGGUUCUGCUGGGCAGCGGGUUCAGUUAGCACCAGUUGUGGACCCAUCUUCUGGUAAUUUGUCUCAAGAAUGAACACCCUGAACCUGUCCCAGUACCCCUAGACCUAAGUAGGCUAUGUAAGUAGUCUGGUCUGUACACUUAGUUCCUGCAAGUGGAAGGAGACAAGUCAUGAGAACAGGCAGCUGAGACUUGGAUUCAUCAUAAAGUGUGAGCUCCUUUGUUUGUGAGGUGGCUCAUCCCUGGUGAGUGAGAAUCAUGUCAAAAGAAAUCUGUCUCAUUUGAGAGCAUACUAACAUUCUGGAGAUACCUGAGUCCCUACUGAGGAGGGGGACAACUCUGAGAUUCAAGUAGCACAGGAUGAAUCUGAACCUGGCCUGUAAUCGAUGAACCUUUAUCAAACCGUCAGUGAUUCUCUUGACUAUAGCAUUCAGGCUUUAGUUGGUCCAGUCAAAAGAUUAGAAAAGCAAGUUGUACUUUUAAUUUUCUUUUUUUAUAUAUCUCCUCCUUUCCUAAGUUAAAGCCUUUUAUUUUGGGGAAAAAAAGCUAAUAAUCUUGACAUUGAGACUCACAACUAGUUUUAACUUAGUGAGACAAAAAUUAGCUAGUUGUAAUGGCUGUAUCUUUUACUCAAGCACAUUCUUACUGAAGCUGGAAAAGUUCUUUUUGAGCAGGAUAGAGCUGAGUUUAUGUAUUUUACUGUGCUGUCCCUGUGCAAUAUGGAUAUGGAAAAGAUGGAGGUCUUUAUAUACUGAAAUCUGGACAAGCAGCAUAUCUGAGAAUUUAUGAUAUGUAACCUACUAGUUUGUGCUUUAAUAUUUAGCUUCUUUGUGGGAAAUGUUUUUAGAAUUGUACUGUUUACAUUUUCUCAGGCUUAGGCAUAACAUGUAAUAAUAAAGGAGUCUGACAGUGGAUUUAUUUACCCCUGUAAUCCGUAUUUUCCAAAAGCAGUGUGUAAGUGCCAUGACGUUAACAAGAAGGAAAAAAAGCCAGAAAAUCCACUCUCUUGGUGUUCCUGUAUCUGAUAUGGCUGUUGAUAUGAGCAGGAUGUUCCAUAAUGUAAGAAGGAAAAUGUGUACUGAAGGAAUAUUUUAGAACUUAAUAUGGAAGGAGGGGGUGGAAUUGUCAGAGAUGUGGAGAAAUAAUGGUUCUUGUUUAUUCAGUGUUUUUGUUCAGAAGCAUUCUAAAUGCUUGUUUCAUUCCGUGUCAAAUGUCCUGCCCAGAAUAAAGUUAUCCUUGAGGAAG